AUGUAGGUCACUAGUGAAAGGCCAAACGCUAGUCCAGUGUCUAAGUUGUUUCAUCAAUAAUCGUAUCCAGAUUACAAUAUUGAUCGUCUAAAAUAAAAAUAGUGGCAUUAAGUCUACAGCCCUGCUUACACCCCUACAGAAAACCCGACGAAAAGUACAACGAUCGGCAAACCAUGGAUUCAGAUUCAAUUCCUGUUAGUUUUGCUCAACUGGAGAAAGAUCUUAUUUCUGCUCUUGAAAGUGAUGCUCGAAAUCAAGUGGAAAAUGAUGCAAAACUGAGAGCCAUCUCCCAAAGAGUUUCAUAUGAUGAAUUCAGAGACAUUGUGCAUGGAGCUCAUCUAAAACCAAUUGCAAGCAGCUCACAUCCCUAUAGCAAAACCCAGAAGGGAAGAAUAUGGAACAAUAUAGCCCUGGCAAAGAAAAGCCAAGAACUGGAAUCGAGUGAAGCCAGGAAAUCAAUGUUGAUCCCAGCAAAUAACUUUGGCCUUAACCAACUGCCAAUUUCUGCUCAAUUUUUGAAUUCCUGGCAACAAUCAGACAAAAAGUCCAGACUUCUAAUUUUGUACAAAAUAGGUCCUACAGGUUUGAAUAACAUAUUUACGAUUGACAUGCCAACAGCUCUGCUGGGAGAAAUCUUUGAAGCUCUCUUAUGCUUUAACAAUCCCAUAACAGAUGUAGUAGCAGUGAUCAAGCUUAUGGAGGCUUUGACAAAAAUUAAGAGAUUUAACCUAAUCGUGCAUUUUCUCAAUGCCUCUGAAAGAGCAAUUUGCCAACAACUGAUCCAUAAGCUCCUGUCUAGUCUUGUUCAAAGAGAACAAGAUCUUGCAGAAGCAGGGAUUACUGAAUGGACUAUUCAAGAACUAGGCAAAAGAUUUUUAGUGAAACUAUAAAAGAAUGGCCUGCCCCUUGGGUAGGCUUGUUCCUUUAACUGCUGAUUUCCAAAGAUGUUUGCAAAGAGAAAGCCAAAAUAUUUCUCAUGCUCAAAAGUAUCUAGAAAAAUCUUUCUUCUAAUCACCAGGAAGUC